AUGUGUACAAGAUAUUUCAGUAACUUUGGAAACCUCUACAACGCCGCUGCAAUCAUGGGAAAUCCAAUGGUUGCAAAACACGGAACAACUAUCCUCCAAGGUCUGGAGCGAGGUGUGAAGAACUUGGACGACAUUAGGGAAACCUACGCCGAGCUGAGCGUGCUGCACUCUGAGAAACUGCACGUGGACCCCGACAAUUUCAAGCUCAUUUCCGACUGCCCGGCCAUCGUGGUCGCUGCUCAGAUGGGCAAAGCCUUCACUGGUGAAGUCCAGGCGGCUCUCCAGAAGUUCCUGGCCGUGGUGGUGUCCUCCCUGGGAAGACAGUACCACUAGAGAGCUGCAACAGAAGACCCUCACAAGCUCAUCGUGAAAAGAUGUUUGUUUUGUUUCAAAGAAAAUAAAACAAUAAGCAAAUCCA